UUGCAUCACUUCCUCAUACCCUGUGUGUUGUGUUUUGUACGACUGCACUUUGAAAAGCUACAGAGGGAACUUAGCAUACAUCUACUGAAGACAUUCCGAUGUAGCAUGUCACUGCUCGUGCGGAGUCAUGUCUUGAAGAGAAUCAUCUACAAUGAGCUUCAACAUGUCUUACAGUAUUAUGCCUCUGGAAACUGAGCCCAAUGAAUACAGAACAGCUGCCUUGGUUUUCUACAGUUCUAUUUUUAUAAUUGGAAUAAUUGUAAACAUCACUGCACUAUGGGUCUUUGGCUUGACCACAAAGAGGAGAAACUCUGUGACUGUAUACAUGAUGAAUGUGGCCUUAGUGGACCUGAUUUUUAUUAUGGUUCUGCCUUUCCGCAUGGUUUACUAUGGCAAGAACUACUGGCCCUUUGGAGACAUUUUCUGCCGGAUGACAGCCGCCUUGACUGUCUUUUACCCCUGCAUCGCUCUCUGGCUUUUUGCUUUAAUCAGCGCUGAUCGAUACGUGGCUAUUGUGCAGCCCAAGCACUCCAAGGAGCUGAAGAAUGUAAGCAAAGCCAUGAUCUCCUGCGUUGGCGUGUGGAUAAUGACUCUGGGCAGCACGGUGCCAGUGCUCACUUCAGAAAACGACCCUGAUGCUUUCUCCAACUUCACCACCUGCCUGAAAAUGAGCGACAUCAUACACUUAAAACACUCCAACCCUGUGAACUUCAUGCGUCUCAUCUUCUUUUUUCUUGUCCCUAUUUUCAUCAUGAUCGGAUGCUACUCAGUCAUCGUCGACAACCUCAUUCAUGGGCGGACUUCCAAAUUGAAGCCCAAGGUCAAGACGAAGUCUAUUAGGAUCAUCAUCACCCUGAUUGUUCAAGUGAUUGUUUGCUUUGUCCCCUUUCAUAUCUGCUUUGUCUUCCAAUUGCUGGAGAACAGUGGCAAGGAUUUCAGCGCUUGGGGGGCCUUCACCACCUUCCUUAUGAACCUGAGCACCUGCCUUGACAUUAUCUUAUAUUACAUAGUGUCAAAACAAUUCCAGGAUCGAGUCAUCAGUGUCAUUCUGUACCGCAACUACCUGCGCAGUGUCAGAAGGAAGAGUUUCCGCACAUCCGGCAGCAUCCGUUCACUCAGCAACAUUAACAGUGAAAUGAUUUAAGGAUCCACCAUUUUUAAAUCUUUGAUUUACAUUUUAUUUGAAUUAUUUGUAAAUACGGUUUCACUUUGUGUCAACUUGUUUGAGAUCUGUGGGCAUUGGUGCAUCUGUGCUGUGCUCUGGAUCACGGUCUUGUUCAAUAAUAUCACAGGGGACUUUUCCAAAGUCUUGUAGAUUGAUUUUCCAAUAGAAAUUUGGAACAGUUCUGUUUUCUACACCACUGCAUUCCAUUUCAGAAAAAGUUGAUUUCUAUUUAAGGAAAAUACAUAUGUAUGCCUGAUUUGCACCUGCUUUAUGUAUAUGGUCUUAACUGAAGGCAUUUUGUCUCCAGGUUAACUACAUACAUUUCAUAAAUAUAGCUAUGUCUUUUCUAUGAGCUACUGUAAUGAUCAUUUCCAAAGAAGCAUGUUGACAAAAAUGCAUCCCUUGCAAAAAUAUACAAUACAGCAACCACACAGUUUGGGACAUAGUAUGUUUUAAUAAAGCAAUAUGCCAUUUAUGAAAAAUGUGUUUUGUAGCACUACUACCGCAAAGUUACUGCGUUCAAAAACCUAUUAGUUGGCUACAGCAGUACAAACACUCGUACCCUGCAUUACCUAACAUUUUGAUCACUGUAAUACUUUUAUACUGAUAUGACCAAUUUGAAACAUGCCACUGUAAAACAUCCUGUUAUUAUAUAAAUGAUAUGUUUAGUACAGCAGUAACAUACAUAUGACGUCUCAUACAAUAGAACAACCAACUUCUUAGCACAUUUUGCUUUAUACAAAAAAAAGCUAUUUUUCACAGCACUUAAUUCCAUUUCAUAUAAUUAAUUCCGUGUUUGGCACUGAAAAUCAUCAGCCCUAUAUCUUUCUCGAGGUAAAACAAGCUGUGAUGCUUUUUUUUUUUUUUUUUUGUGGGGGACAAGAUCUGCUUGUUUGUUUGUUUUUCUAAAUAAAGUGUAAAAUAAAAUCCAAUUUAAAAAAUAAACUGUCCAGAUGUUCUGUCUGUUUCGCCUAUAUUCUUAAGUCUGAAGAACUUGAAUGUCUAUUCCCCAUUUCUCAAGAUGCACAACAGCUUUAUUUUCAUAAAUACGUGCGUAAGCCUCCAGUACAUCUCAGUAACCAGGGAUAUUUACCCAUCACACAA